CUCUUCCUGCAGCACUACCCAAGUGCUGAGAUUGCCGCCACGCACCCUCACGCUCAUGGAUAUAUAAAACUUUUAAAGAAGCAUAUAUAAUAGGUUUUUACAUUUAUUUACGUGUGGUCAGAGGAAUCGAUUCUCUUCUUCCACCACCAUGUGGGCUCUGGUAAUAAAUUCGGUCGCUGUGAGCAAUGGCUAAGCCAGUGCCCUUCCUCUCCGUUUUAAAAGUUGAGUAAUAUCCUACCCUCUGCAUGGUUCACUCAGUAGUUCGUAGGCAUCAGGGUUGUUUCCGUUUUGUAUGUUGUGAAUGACCUGUGAAAGUUUGCGUACAUUUUCGUUUCUCUUGGGCUGCAACUGAGUGGAAUUGCAGGCUUACAUAGUAACUCCAGGGCAAUUGCCCUGUAUCUUUUUCUUUCUUUCCUUUUGUUGUUGUUUAUGGAGACUAAUCUUGUUCAGACUUUAGCAUGGGAGUUUUUGAAUGCAGGAGAGGAACUUAAGGGACUUUUAGAAGAAACCGUGCUGAGCCUGCGAGAUGGCACAUUGGAAAAGAAUGGCUUCCACAAGAAGGCCCUUUGGCCCUCCACAUGGUGUUUUUGACUUCAGAGAUAUGUUCUUUGAUAGCUCGAAGAUGGAAGAGAUCAGAAACGUACAAGCCCGAAGUCUUGGCCAAACAGCACCCGGGCAGAGCAGAAUCCUAAAGAGAAACCAAACGAUGGAUGAGAAAUAUUUGUUGCCCAAAGAGGAGGCCUUGGCAGGGACGGGGGUGAGGCUGGGCUUGAGGCCCCCCACCAUCUCUUCCAAGACCAGGGCCAGUGAGGCCCUGAGGAAACUGGCCCAGAUUGAGACCAAGAUCCUGAAGCGGAGGCAGGAACCCACGGCUUGGUCUGGCAUGGAAUCUGACUCCACAGCCAGUGAGCGGAGUCUUCCUCAGAGGACAGAUACAACCUCUGUUUCUUCCCAGUAUCCACUCAGAACUUUCCAGAAACAAGUGUGCAAAACAUCUGUGGUAAGAGACGAUGGGCAGAGCGGAAAAGGUAGCAGGUUUCUGAAGAAGAAGGAGCUGCCUGCUGAAGCCAGGUCCCCGGUGCUGGCAGCAGAGACAGAGAAGCAAGUCCUGCUGCCCACUCAGAAAGAACCUGCCAGAAAGUAUGAUGCCCCUGACAGUGACGAAGAGGAAAUGAAAGUGUUGCUUGGAAGCUUGAUGGAAUCUUCUGGAGAAAAAGAAAGAAAUGGAAACCAGGAGCUCCCUGGCACCAGGAGCGACCUUGGAAAGGUGUUCUUGGAUCUGACUCCAGAUCAGCCGGGAGUCCUGUCUCUGCUCAGUGCGGACCAGUCCAGCUUAAAGUCUUCUCAGCCCAUAAAGUCGACUAGUGUUAGCUUGAGAACUCACUCCCUGCAGACACACAGUGGAGGGGACCCAGCCUCCCUUACGGCCUCACCUUCCAUCCUCCUUGAUGACUCCUCCAGGUCGGCAUCUUCAAAGAUGGAAUGCAUCCAGCUGGCUUCCUCCCCCAGCAAGAUGGAGGCAGAGUCUUCCAAGGAGCCAGUCUCAGAAGCUGCUGCUGACAGCCUCCAUGAUUUUAGGAUCAAUAUUUUGUCCAUUGAUGAUCUGGUUCUGGCUGACGGAUACAAAUCAGAUGGGGAACAGAAAGGUGUGACCACUGUGGUUGAGGAUGAAGAGGAUCUUACCACUGAGCAUGAGAUCUCAGAGCACCCGGGUGCCAGUUCUGCAGCAGCUGUCUGGUCUCACAGUAUGUCCAGUGCACGCUCCAUGGAGACACCCACUGCACUCUCUGUAAGCCCAGCUUACUCGGAAGAUUUUGAGCAGUUCUCUGGUCCCUUGGCCUUGGAGGAAUCACUUGACAGGACUCUGGACACUUUGUCAAAGUUUUCAUCUGGUGAACAGACAGAUACUCUGUCUGUCAGAAAACCUCUGUCAAGGACAGAAUGGGGCAGAGGUGCGACCAGAGUCGUGAAGGAGACAGCUGUGCAGACGCUUGACCCUGCCUUUGCCUACCAGUGGACCAAGGAAGUCCUUGUAGCACCCUCAACAGCCUCUUUAUCUUGGGCCAGCUGGUGGCAUGGCAGCCAUUGGACCUGCUCUUGGAGGUGGUUAUGUGGACCCAGUACCCAUCGCCAGUCACAUUAUCAGCGCAGACGCUAUAGAAGCCCUGACAGCCUACAGCCCUGCAGUGCUGGCGUUGAACGACAUGCUGAAGCAGCAGCUGAGCCUGACGCAGCAGUUCAUCGAGGCCAGCCACCACCUGCACCACUCCCUCCUGCGGUCCCUGGAUGAGGACUCAUUUCACUACCACACCUUGGAGGAAGCAAAAGAGUACAUUAGGUGCCACAGGCCUGCACCCCUGACCAUGGAGGCUGCCCUGCAGGAGGUGAGGAAGGAGCUUGAAGUCCACCUCGACAUCAAUGACAGCCAUGUGGAGGCAAGCAAGGCUGCGGCUCUCCCUGCUGAGCCCAUAGACGGACUCUAAGCUCCCAUCUGCCCAGCUGGCUGCUGAGGACACAGCCGAGGACCCACCACAGGGCAGUGGUGCAGGAUGGGGCCAGCCAUGAGCCAGUGUGACAGACAGACAGCAUGCCAGGCAUAUCAGUCAUCCAGGACGGGACCAGCUGCCCCAUGGUAGUAACACGCCAUGCAGGGGCUGAGCACCCUGGGGCACCUCACCCACAGCUGGAGGAAAUCUUUUACAAAAGGCUUUAUUGGAAGGCAAAACAGUAAAAUCCACAAUCAAUUGUUAACAG